AUGUAUAGUGUUGAGCAGGUACUGCCGUACUGGGAAGCACUGCAUACUGCUUCUGAUGGAAAUGAUAACUUGCUUCUGUGUGAUGACAAUGGUGAAAACCCAGCAUGGGAAGCCAUUGGAUAUGAAGUUGACACUGAUGGGAACACAAGUCUUCAAGUUGCUGUGGAUGCUGAAAACAAAUUGGUCAAGAUGAAAUCAUGUGAUGUAGUAAUUGUUGGGUCUGGUUGUGGGGGAGGAGAUGCAGCUGCUGUUCUUGCAAGUUCAGGACUGAAGGUACAUGAAGAUGACUUGGUUUCUCAGUUCUUGAACUUUGCUGAGGUGAAGAAGGCCUUGGGGGUGAAUGAAUCAUUUGUGUAUGAGUUAUGCAGUGACAUUGUUGAUGCUGCAUUACAUGCUGAUGUGAUGAAAAGUGUGAAAUAUAUGGUAGAGCACUUGGUGAGUAAGAGCAAGGUGUUGUUAUACCAAGGUCGACAUGAUUUGAGGGAUGGAGUGGUACAAGUUGAGGCAUGGGUCAAGACAAUGAAAUGGGAAGGAAUUUUGGAGUUUCUGAAUGCAGAAAGGAAGAUUUGGAAGGUGAAUGGAGAGCUUUCUGGGUAUGUACAAAGUUGGAAGACACUCACCAAUGUUGUGGUUUUGGGUGCUGGGCAUCUUGUGCCUACUGAGAAGGCUGUGAAUUCUCAAGCAAUGAUAGAAGACUGGGUUUUGGGAAGGGGAACUAUAUUAUACUUCACAGUUAAUGAAUAA